AUGCUGAACGGCACCACUUUAGAGGCAGCCAUGCUCUUCCAUGGGAUCUCCGGAGGCCACAUCCAAGGCAUCAUGGAGGAGAUGGAGCGCAGAUCGAAGACCGAGGCCCGUCUGGCCAAAGGCACUCAGCUCAACGGCCGCGACGCGGCAUGCCCCCCUCUCAGUCCGGAGAAGCCCGCUCUGUGCGCCGGCUGCGGGGGCAAGAUCUCCGACAGGUACUAUCUUCUGGCCGUAGACAAGCAGUGGCAUCUGAGGUGCCUGAAGUGCUGUGAAUGUAAGCUGGCCCUGGAGUCCGAGCUCACCUGCUUUGCCAAGGACGGUAGCAUUUACUGCAAGGAGGAUUACUACAGAAGGUUCUCUGUGCAGAGAUGUGCCCGCUGCAACCUUGGCAUCUCCGCCUCUGAGAUGGUCAUGCGCGCCCGAGACUCUGUCUAUCAUCUGAGCUGCUUCACCUGCUCCACUUGCAACAAGACCUUGACCACGGGAGACCAUUUCGGCAUGAAGGACAGCCUGGUGUACUGCGUGCACACUUCGAGACCCUCUUGCAAGGGGAGUGAUCCACCUCAACUGAGCUAUACAGAGUUGGCAGCCAAGAGCGGAGGCUUGGCUUUGCCUUACUUCAAUGGCACUGGAACGGUGCAGAAGGGGAGGCCCCGGAAGCGGAAAAGCCCAGCUCUGGGAGUGGACAUCGUGAAUUACAAACUCAGCUGUUUGUCCACUGUUGCUGCAACAGGUUGUAAUGAGAACGAGGCAGACCACUUGGACCGGGACCAGCAGCCUUAUCCACCUUCCCAGAAGACCAAACGCAUGCGCACCUCCUUCAAGCACCACCAGCUCCGGACCAUGAAAUCCUACUUUGCCAUCAACCACAACCCGGAUGCCAAGGACCUCAAGCAGCUUGCUCAAAAAACGGGCCUGACCAAAAGAGUCUUGCAGGUUUGGUUCCAAAACGCACGAGCCAAAUUCAGAAGGAACCUUUUGCGGCAGGAGAAUGGGGGUGUUGAUAAAGCUGACGGCACGUCGCUUCCGGCCCCGCCCUCAGCAGACAGCGGCACUCCACCCGGCACUGCGACCACUUUAACAGACCUGACCAAUCCCACUGUCACUGUAGUGACAUCUGUGACCUCUAACAUGGACAGCCACGAAUCCGGAAGCCCCUCACAAACUACCUUAACGAACCUUUUCUAA